AUGACGACCAUGAUGGAUGCCUUUGUUCGUCGGUUCCAGCUGUUAACAGAGCAAAGAGAAACUGGCGAUGAAUUAAUUAAGGAUCUUUUGAUGUAUGUCGAGACGGUCGAAAACGGUCUAGGACAUGAAAAUGAGCGUCUUAAAAAAGAAUUGAACGAUGCACAUCUGGAUCUGGAUGAUUCGAGGAAAUCGAGAAGAGAAUUGCAAAUACACUGGAAUUUGACCAGUCAACAUUUAGAACGAGCUAUCAACGAAAAUAGUAUUCUGCAGAAUCGAAAUCCCUACAUAAUAGCGCUAGUUGAUGCCGAUGGCAUGAUUUUCAAUCAAGAUCUCAUAAAUCAAGGGCUCGAAGGAGGUAAAAAGGCAGCCAACCUCCUCAGGGCAUCAAUACUCGAACAAUGUAGUGGACCUCAGACCGAGGAGAUUGAAAUCAUGGCAAAAGUCUGCGGAAAUUACACCGGAUUAUCAAAAGCCUUAAUGAGAGACGGCACACUCGAAAGCUUCGAAAAAUUUAAAGAAUUUACUCUAGGAUUUACCCAAGGAAAAGCACAUUUCGAUUUUAUAGAUGUUGGCCAUGGCAAAGAAAGGGCAGAUUCAAAGAUUAAAGAAUGUAUUAGAUGGCAUUUAAGAAACUGGAAUUGCAAACAACUAUUACUUGGUAUAUCAUUCGAUAGCGGAUACGCACCAUUUCUCGACGAAGUGAUUACGCAGGACGAUCGAAAUAGAAUUACAAUAAUGGAAGGACCUCCUAUAGUUCGCGAGCUCUCUGCAAUUGGCCUCCGAACUCUCAAAUUCGAACAUAUUUUCCGCUCUCAAAAAUUGACAGAUCGCACAACAGAAUUCAGUCAGGCAUCCGUUCCAUCAACCUGGGCAGGUGUCACGUCGAUUCCUCCACCCACACCACCUACCACUGUCGCAUCUCCUGCUUUAGGUAAAACCACUUCGACGGCAGUUAAGAAACCAGAUGUUACAAGUAAUGUUUUUGCUCGGCUGGGCUGGGUUCCGGGUCCUAGAGGACUGGAUCCCCCAAUACAUGUCAAGAAAGAUGUAUUGGAAGCGGUAAAACGACGUACAAAUUCGAAUAAAUUAUGUAACAAUCAUUAUCUACGAGGCCCUUGCUCUAAAGGCGAUGAAUGUUGCUUUGAGCACGAUCACAACGCUACAGAGGAGGAAAUAAAAGCCAUUGCUUAUUUAACACGUCAGAAUCCUUGUGUCAAUGGCCAAGAUUGCGAUAAUGAGGAAUGCAUCUAUGGGCACCAUUGCCCAAGUGUGGUAAUCCCCAGCGUUGGGCCUAAGGAACCUACAUGUAUGGCAUUUGCUUGCAAGUUCUACAAGGACGAUCACCCCCCAGGAACUGUCAUCAAGCACCCCAAAAAGGAGUAUGUUGAACGAUAUUAA